AUGUUGACUAGUGUCAAAGUACAGGUGUCUCGCUAUCAAGAUUACGAAGAAAAUACCAGAAUGUUGCGUGGGUUUAGUAGAGUGUUUGGUCAUAAAGGAUUUAUCUUAGAGCCCUAUGUGACCUCCAUGCAGUUAUCUUGUAAUUACACCUCUGCCAAAACAAAUAGAAAUGUACAAAAACUACCAUCAUUACCUGUACCAAAACUUGCUGACACAUUAAAGAAGUAUUUACUUACCGUAAGGCCUUUUUUAAGUGACGAAGAGUAUGCAAGAACUACAGCUCUUGUAAGAGACUUUGAAAAAGGAACAGGACAGCAGUUACAGGUUUUGUUAGAGAAGAGGGCGCAGGAACAUCUGAAUUGGCUUGAAGAUUGGUGGCUGAAUACUGCUUACCUAGAAUACCGUGACCCAGUUGUUGUGUAUUCCAGCCCUGGACUUGUUUUCCCAUUUAGGAAGUUUCAAACUCAAAAUGACCAAUUGGUGUAUGCUGCUAAGACUUUGUUGGCUGCUUUAAGUUACAAGAGCUUAAUAGAUAAUGACAAAAUACCUGUUGAGAUGAUGGGUAAGAAUCCUCUGGAUAUGGCCCAAUAUAAAAAAGUAUUUGGAACCUGCAGAAUUCCAUAUGCAAAACGAGACAAGUUAUCUUUUAAUAACAGUAAGCAUGUCACCAUCAUCCAUAACAACCAUAUUUUCCACGUCGAUCUCUGGGGUGACGACGGAGUAAUGCUGAAUGAAGAACAGAUAGUUCAGCAAUUAAAAAAAGUAAUUGAACUAUCGAGUGUUCCUAAUAAUCAGGGUAUAGGUAUUCUUACAUCUGAAAAUCGUGACACAUGGGCGAAGGCUUAUGAUCUUCUAGCUAAAGACAAAACAAAUAGUGAAUCUUUAGCAGAUGUUGAGAGAAGUAUUGUUGUUAUGUGUUUGGAUGGAGCUGUCGACCUUUGGAAGUAUGAAGAUUCGAACGCCCGUCGAAACUUGGCAGGAGCACAGACCAUACAUGGUGGAGGGUCACAACGUAACGGUGGCAACCGUUGGUUUGAUAAGACUAUACAAUUCAUUGUGGGCGCGGAUGGUGUAACAGGUCUUACAUACGAACAUUCUCCUGCAGAAGGCCAACCAAUCGCUAUUUUAACAGAUUUCAUUAUUAAAUAUAUAGAAGAAAAUAAAGCUCCCGAAGGAUCGUCAAAAAGUCCUAAACAACCAAAAUUAUUGAAAUUCAACGUAAGCUCAGAAGUUAAUAACAUGAUAGAAGAUGCCAAGAAGAAUUUAGACAAAUUAGUCCAAAAUCUUCAAUUGAAUUGCUUCCAGUAUGACAAAUAUGGGAAAAAUUUUAUCAAGUCGCAGAAGUUAAGUCCAGAUAGCUAUAUACAGAUGGCCAUGCAGCUCGCCUUCUAUAGGUUACACAACGUACCUGGAGCCCAUUACGAGUCUGCAGCUACAAGAAUGUAUGUUGGCGGACGCACAGAAACAAUACGAUCGUGCUCAAUCGAAUCAAUAGAAUUUGCAAAAACAAUGUUAAAUUCACAAAGUAGUCCAAAAGAUAAAAUAUCUGCAUUGAAGAGCGCUAUAAAUUCUCAUAAAAACUAUACAGUUCAGGCACUACAAGGAUUAGGUGUUGAUAGACAUUUACUUGGUUUAAAAUUAAGUGCUAUCGAAAAUGGCAUUGAAAUACCAAAAUUAUAUUCUGAUGCUGGAUUUACAAGAAGUGCACAUAUGAGGAUUUCUACUAGUCAGGUGGCUUGUAAGUGUGAUGGAUUUAUGUGUUACGGGCCAUUAGUGGCUGAUGGGUAUGCAACCUGUUACAACCCUAGAGACAAUGAUAUAAACUUCGCUACUGCCGCAUUUGUCGAACAUCCGGACACCGAUUGUAAUAAAUACAGGAAUGCUUUGGAACAAACUCUCCAAGAAAUGCAUGAUGUUCUCUUGAAGAAUGUUCCUUCCAAACUGUAG